AUGAUCAAGUCCGUGGCUCUGGCCUUGCUGGCGCUGGCUAGCUUGGCCGCCGCCGACCCGACAUGGCCUGCCGCGACCGACGACCUCGAGGAGAUCAUGUACCAACUCAGCUCCUUCAAGGCGCGCAAGUUCUCCGAUACCGUCUCCCCUUGCACCAACGAAGCCUCUGGGCCGGGUCGCCAAAAUGCGGCCGAGUGGCUCCGCGUCGGCUUCCACGACAUGUCGACUGCGAAUACAUACUUCAAGACCGGUGGCCUCGAUGGCUCGCUGCAGUACGAACUCGACAAUGGCGACAAUACCGGUCCGGGACACAAGACGACGCUGGAAUUUAUGUCCAAGUACGUCUCUCCGCGGACUAGUCUUUCGGAUCUGAUUGCCGCUGGUGUGUAUGCCUCGGUGCGCUCGUGCGGCGGCCCCAUCAUUCCCGUUCGUGGCGGAAGAGUCGAUGCCACAGAGGCUGGCAAUCCUGGUGUUCCGCAGCCGCAGAACUCUGCUACAAUGUUCAAGCAGCAGUUUGAUCGCAUGGGCUUCAACAAUGUGGAAAUGAUUCAGGUCACGGCUUGCGGCCACACACUCGGUGGCGUCCACAACACUGAAUUUCCCGAAAUCGUACCCGACGCCAGGCUCAACAACGGUUUGGGUGGUAGUGACAGCACUCCUGCGGCUUUUGACAAUAAGGUUGUCACCGAAUACCUGGACGGCACCACCACCAACCCACUCGUUGUCGGACCCGCGGUCAAGAUUAACAAAAAUUCUGACUUUAAAGUUUUCGACUCGGAUGGCAACAAGACCAUGGAAACUCUGCGCGACAACACCAAGUUUAAAGAGGUCUGCAAGAAUGUGCUCCAGAAAAUGAUUGAGGUUGUCCCCGCCGGCGUCAACCUGACAGAGCCCAUUGUCCCAUACAAGGUCAAGCCUGUCGACUUGCAGCUCCUCCUCGCCGACGGCGGUGCCAACUUGCACUUUUCCGGCUAUAUCCGCGUCAAGACCACUGAUCUUCCCCAAGGCAGUAUUAAGGAUCUCACCAUUACGUACAAGAACCGCAACGGUCAGUCCGAGUGCGGAAAUAACGGCUGCGGCAUCACGGCCAGCAUUCAUGGCCUCGGCAAGGGCUUUGAUGACACUUUUGGAUUCUUUCCCAUUGACGCCAAGAUUCCCGUCAACACCGGCAUUUCCUCUUUCACCGUUGUCAUCAACCAUGCCGACGGCACCAAGCAGACAGCCGACAACAACGGUCACGGCUUCCCCAUUCAGGACACGAUUCUCUUCCAGAAGCCACAGAGCUGUAUUCUGGGCUCUACUGGAGCCACGACCCUCGUCGCUGCUGUGCGCAAUGAUGCCGUCGUCAACGGCGCCAAGGCCACAAUUCACUAUAAGACGGCGCAAAAGGACAGUCCUGUUCCCAAGAUCAGCUCUACCACGUUGGACAUGACAAAGGGACAAUGUGUGGGCCGAUACACUUUGUUCGAGGUCGAACAUAGUAUUGAAGGCGGCAUGGCGUACCAGUCUUUUGUUGAAUUGAACAGCGGUGACGCGUUUGAUUCUUUCAACGGCGUUACUGACAUUGGCGGAUCUUGCUCUUCUUUCCAAAACCCCAUGUCUUGCAACACUAAGAGCAACCGCUCCCUGAACCUGGCCAAUCGCGCCAGGACCGCUGAUCCAGCUUCGCCUCUAGUCUCAGUAUUUGUCGACCCUACUCCUAGUCCUACCCCGACGCCAGGGCCAACUGACAAUUCCACUUCGCCUACUCCCCCGAGCUCCACGCCGCCCUCUACGCCCACGCCUGCUCCCACUCCUACGCACAAGACUGCGCUUGGCGGCUAUACCAUGCUGUCUUGCUGGGCUGAGGGUAGCAUCCGAGCCCUGUCUGGUGCCUUCACUGCUGACGACACCAUGACGAAUGAAAAGUGCCUGGCAUUCUGCAAGAGCUACAACUACUGGGGCACCGAAUACGGCCGCGAAUGCUACUGCGGCAACUCUCUUGGCGCCGAAUCCAAGGCUGCACCGCUCGAGCAGUGCAACAUGCCCUGCGGCGGCGAUCCCACUGAGUACUGCGGCGCCGGCAACCGCCUGGAGCUGUUCUCGACCACGGCCAGCAUCACCACGCCCACGGGUACGCUCGCACACAAGCCCACGAUCGCGCCCUACACCAUGGUUGGGUGCUGGGCCGAGCCACCCACAAAUCGCGCUCUUAACAGCGGCGGCAGCUCAUCCCCGGCAAUGACCAAUGAAAUGUGCGCCGAUUAUUGCAAGACUUAUCGUUACUUUGGUACCGAGUACGGCACCGAGUGCUACUGCGGCAGCUUCCUCGCUGAUGACAGCAAGACGGCGCCGCUCACCGAUUGCAACAUGACCUGCGGGGGAGACCAAUUUGAGUACUGUGGCGCCAGUAACCGCCUGGAGCUGUACAUGAAUCCCAACAUUACUGGCGGCGCACCCGAGCAGCCCCCGGCAGCGGGUAAUUUUGUGCUAGUCGGGUGUCAGACGGAGGGCAAUGCCACGCGUGCGCUUGCGGAUACGUCCACGGCGGCGGAUAACAUGACGAAUGAAGCUUGCGGGACGUUUUGCAAAGACUACGAGUACUUUGGUACCGAGUACGGCCGCGAGUGCUACUGCGGCAAUGCGUUGGCGGCCUCAUCGGCGGUAGCUCCCAAGGGCGAGUGCGUCAUGCUGUGCGCGGGAAGCAACGUCGAGUACUGCGGUGGCUCGAACCGGUUGUCCGUGUAUAAGAAGAAGCCACCGGUGACGCCGCCCCCACCCCCGCCGCCGGCGCCGGCGCCGGAGAAGGGAACGGGGCCGGGUAGCUAA